AUGUCGGAGAUUUUGUGCGAGUGGCUGAACGAAGAGGUGAAGCUCUCCCGGAGAGUGGUUCCAGGAUCACUUUCAGAAGAAUUUUCUACUGGCUACCUCCUAGGAGAACUUCUACACAAAUAUGGUCUUCAGGAUGACUUUAAUCAGUUUUCACAAAGCAGGCUUUCAAGUGCAAAACUUAACAAUUUUUCUCGCCUGGAGACCACACUUCACCUUCUUGGUGUACAGUUUAAUGAGAAUGUGGCCCAAGACAUCAUGACAGAGCAGCAUGGGGCCUCAAGAAGGCUUUUAUAUGAAUUGUAUAUUGCUUUAGAAAAAAAGAGAAAGGCAAAGCUCACUGGAAUAGCCAUGGAAGCAAUGAGACCAGCAGCAACUGCAAACCUUCAGACUGUUGAAAGUGUUUCAUAUCAAGAGCAUUUGAAAACUUUAACACCACGUCAGGCUGAUUUGCAGCUACAGCAGAUUUCAGAGCGUUUUGAAAUAAAAUCUAAGGCAAUAGAAUGUAAAAUAGCUCAUAAACAUAUGACAGAACAGCAGAAAGUUCAAAAGCUCCGAGAGGAACAAAGAGCCCAAGAAACUGAAAAGCGUCGCAUAGGAAGAAGAAGACAAAAUGAAAUAAUGGCCAGGAUUAAUGCAGCCACUAUACAGAUUCCAAAGCCACCACCAAGCCACACUAUAAAAGCUAUUGAAGCAAAAAACCUCUUAAAGAAGAAAAGAGAAGCAGAGGACACAUACAAACAGAUUCAAAAGUUUGAGAAGUCUCUUUCAGAAAAUGCCUCAGCAGGACAGAAUGAAGUCACCGACAGUGAUAUACAAGAAUCAUUGCAAACACCGAAGUUGCAAGAAACAACUCUAGAAACUACAGCAAUGACAGCAACUGACCUGUUAGAUACUUAUUCAGAUGAUAAAUAUAAAAGGAACAUUCGAAAACGCUUAGAGAAAGAUGCAUUUGCAGGAGAACAACGAAAAAAGAGAAGACAAAAAAUGCUAAUGGACCAGUUAAUAGCACAUGAAGCCGAAGAGGAGGCUUACAGGGAGGAGCAACUUGUUUACAGACUGAUGAGACAGUCUCAGCAGGAGCGGAGGAUUACUGUUCAACUCAUGCAUAUUCGACAUGAAAAGGAAGUAUUAAGGCAAACCAGAAUUUUCAGGGAAAAACAAUAUGAAGAAAGAAGGCUGAAGGAGUUUCAGGAAGCUCUUGAUAGAGAAGCGGCUCUUGCAAAACAAGAAAAAAUUGAUUAUGAAGAACAAAUUAACAAAGAAAGAGAACGUCAUGAGAAAAUUGCCAUUGAAAGAGCUCAGACACGUUAUAAAAAGCAUUAUUCUUUAUGUUGGGAAGUGAUUGAUCAAAUCAUUGAUUUGUCAACAAAAAUAGGAGAAUAUCGUCUACUGACAAACAAAAGAGUUCCUUUAAAACUGAUUCUUGAUUGGAAGGAAUUUUUUUUUAAUGGAAAACCAAUAUAUGAAAAAGCCUCAGUUCAACCUUUGCCAAAUGAACCAAGCCCAGAAGAACUUGUAGAGAUGAAUAAAAGGAAUCUGUUAGAUGAAAAAGAUUAUGGAGAAUACAAGAGCAUGACAGGGGAAUGGUGCCCAACUGAAGAGAACAGUGAAAACAAACCUCCUCUAAAUAAUAACAUACUGGGUCAUGUACUUCAUAGACUGAUGGAAAUUUUCUAUCCUCUAAAACACAAACCAUCGCCACCUCUAUUUCCUCAAUUUCCUAUCAAGGGAUGUAUUUUGGGAAAGCUUUUCAGUGGAAAAACUACCUGUGUUAAGUUUCUUGAAAAAGCUUGCAAUAUUCAGGUACUAUCUGUUGAUACUCUGGUUAAGGAGGCCAUCCAAGCUUUUCUUAAAAAAGAAGUGAAAAGUGAACACAGUGUGAUUCCACAAGAAGCAGAAAGGUCUGGGGAAUAUAAUGAGUGUCUGGGAGCACCAAGUGCAGGCUGCUCUAGGAAGAAAGCUGAGCUAUGUGAUGAGGGCAAUAGAAAAGCUGGAAAUGCCAACAUUUGCCAUCAAAGCAAUUGUUCUGUCAAACAGGAUCCAUCUGGGCAAGAAUAUAAAUCAGGUAACAGUCAGGAUAGCCUGUCCAAGCUCUCUGUACGUGCCCAGCUUGGCGCCGCAUCACAGAAAUGGUUGAAGAAAGGAGAAAGUAUUCCUGAUGAAUUACUAAUUGACAUCCUAUUGGAAGCCAUUAACCAAAUACCAUCAGAGAAAGGGUGGCUCGUGGAUGGAUUUCCAAUGACAAUUAAUCAGGCAAGGCUAUUUGAAAAAGCCUACACAGGGAUUGAUCCAGAAGUGAAAGAUACAAAUUCUGGAAAGCUCUCACUUGUUACAAAUCUGAGAGCCCCUAACAAGCCUCCUGUUACCCCAUGUGCCUUUGAUAUAUCUGUAUUACUGGAUGUUUCAGACACUGUGGUACUGAAACGUGUGGCUAACUUGAAAUCAGAUAAAUCAAAGUCAUCUCAAACUGAACAGGAGAACAACAAUCAAAAUUCAGAUGGUGAAUUCCUAGAAGAGAUUGACUUAGCCAGGGACCAGGUGGUACAUAGAAUUGAAGGCUUUCUGGACACUUGGCCAAAAUUAGAGAAGUGGUUUUCAGUCCAUCAAAAUAUUCUAGUGAAAGUCAAUGCAGAGAUAGAAGAAGGUCUUAUGUGUGAAACUGUGAAGGAAAUUAUAACAGAAGAAAUUGCCAAAAUCCAGAAUAGAACUUCUCCUCAGAGGAAGUCUGCUCAAGAAAUAUCACCACGAAAAGAACUUUCACCAGUUACACAUGGAGAUCUUCCUUCCACACCUGUGACACCACCACCACCAAUUGAACCAGGAUCAGAUGAAUGGAUUUAUGUAGAUGAACCACUUCCCAAGGAGAUGGCUGAUAUUUUAGUACCUCACUGGGAAAUGGUAGAAAAUGCAUACAUAAAUAACAUCAAAACUAUACUUAGAUGUCUAAGGGAUGAGCAACACUCUGCGAUUCUUUACUUAGCAGACAUUAGAAAAAAAUUCCAAGAUUAUUUGAAGUGUCCAGAUCUUAAGCAAGACCAUGUAUCUCAGUGGCAAUCAGAUUUCAAUUCAAUUGCUAAUGACCUGCGAGAUGAUGAGGAAACAAAAGCAGAACUACACCAAAGAGUCACUGACCUAAGAGAUGUUCUCUGGGAUAUCUGUGAUAAAAGAAGGGAAGAAGCAGAGCAGGAACGUGCUGAUAUCAUAAAUGAUGACUGGUUACCAGAUCGUAAGGGGAUUGCAAUGAACCAUUUCUUUUCACUUAUGCAGGUUGAAGUGGAUCGUUUCCAAGAUACAAAGAGACUUCUUCAUGACUAUUAUAGGGCAAUGGAAGGAAAAAUCCCAACAGAUGACAGUCAAGAUUUUACUAGAAUCCCUUUGUUAGAUAUUAUUGAUGUAAAGCAGAAAGAAGAUCAAAACAAACCAAGAAGGAUUCCUCUAGUUUCUUGGAAACUACCUUCACAAGAAAUAAGUAUUAACAAGUCAAAAAUCAAAGGAACUCUAGAGAAGAGUGCUAAGGAUGAGAAUUCUGAAAAGGAAGUAGCCAUUUCUGAGAAAGAUGAAAAUCUUAUUAGUAAUAUAUGGCAAACGGCAGUAUCAGCGGUAUCAAAUAUGGUAACAGCUGAAAUGCAGUCUGAAGAAAUGGGGGAAGAGAAAGAACAUCAGCAGCAAGAACUGAAAGAAGGUCUGAAAUCUUCACAGACACUGUCAGACAAAGCUAUGGGAAAAGGUGCCAAAGAUGCCAAAAAGCUUUCUCCCAGAUCAACUGCUAAAAAGAAAGGACCACCUUCUACUGCACCCCCGGUUGAAGUCAGUUCAGUUCCUCUAAAUCCAGAAGAAUUAAAGAAACAAGAACUGGCACUUAAAAUAAAGAAAGAAUAUUCCAGUGCUUUGAAACAUGAGGAGGCAGCAGCAAAAUCUCGACUAAAGCUUAUAAAAGAAAAAGCUUUAGCAUUUGUUGAAGACCUAACAAAGAAAGCAGAAGAAGCUUAUAAAGACAUGGAAAAGUGGCUUGGAUCCAGGUUCUUGGAAGAAAUGUCCAGUGUUGAAAAGCUGAUUGAGGUUGCACGGCAUCAUAUUGAGAGUUCCAGCAAAAUCCAUUACAAAAUUAUUUUAGAAGAUGCAGAUUUCUUCAUCAGUGGUGAUAUAAAAAUAACUCCUGACUCUGGUCCUUCACCACAUAUUCCACACUUAGACACCUCUGAAGGUGGUACUCUAAGUAUUUCACAACUUUCUACGCUUCAUAAGCAAUUUCUACAGGUGGCACCUAAAGGUUUUAUACAAAAGAAAGUAUUUAUUGACAUGUUUAUUGACUGGAUUAAUUGGAAUCUUGAAAGAAAUUGUCUUUGUAAUGCAUGGAUGAACUUGACACUCCCAGAUUUACAAAAUCUGGCAUCUGCAUUCACAGUGAACUCAGAACUUAUGAACUGGCGCAGAUUCUUGCUAGCAGCAGCACAGCCCUGGCCAGUGCCAUCUGUGACACAGCUUCUCAAAACGCUCCGUAGCUUCCAGUCUGUUGAUAUAGCUGGAUCAGGCUUUGUUACACAGGAGUACUAUAUGCAGGUUGGCUUAUGGUUUAAUGGAAUUGAAGACCUGAGCAUUACAAAAAGUCACACAGAACCUUUGCCUUUAGAUAGGCUAAGACAGCUCAGGAAGUUUUUCUUCACCUUAUUUGCUGACACCAGAAAAGAUCCUCCUCUGCUCGACUAUACUGAGAUGCUACUUUAUUUUGCCACCCAUUCUGAUCCAGUUGAAGGCAUUUACAGAGCACUUAGCAUUGCUACUGGAAUGUGCAUUCAUAGAAAAGAAGAAUCUUCUCUUUCACCUUUGGCUUUUCCUUAUACCAACAUGGUGCCAAAUAGGAAAACUUUAAUAGAAGAUAAAAAACAAGUCUUGAGUUACAUGAAUGAAGGAACAAUUUCACUAGCAACUCUUCUCAAAGUGUUUCAUACUGGAGGAAGUAAAAAUCAAGAUAAUCAUAGAUUCAGUAAUCUGGUGAGGGAAGGCAGCUAUGAUAAGCAUUUCAUUAAAAUAUACAAAGAAUUAGGCACUGAAGAUCUGACACCACUUCCAGUUGCACUCCUUUUGAAGCAUCCUUUCAUUCAAGACUUGAUCAACAAGUAUCAAGAAUACACACUUCCUGAUAUUACAACAUUUCUCCAAAGAUCUGAAGAAGUGCACUCAACUGAUGGAGAACCACCAGACGUGAAGACACCAAAACAUGAGAAAUAG